AGCUUGUGCAUCCUGCCGUUCCUGACCGGUAAAUGCAGUGACGGAUGGAUGUGCAACCCCUUCGGGCUUCAGACGCGAAAGCGCAGAAAUUCUGCGAAGCUGCCUGACAGCCUGGUUCUUAGUACGUCUGGUAAAUGCAUUAUCUCCACAUUAUCCCAGUUGCGGCCACGACCAUGCCGCCCUCAUUCUGCAACGGCGAAAUACCCGUCAGCAACUCGAUUACCCAAACUCAACUGAAUUCUUGCUAAAUUUUCUUCUGCGAGGAUAAAGUUCAUAGCAACCAUCGAUUCGAUGGAAAGCAAUCCGUCUAAAGAUGUACGAGGAUCAGGCUUCUUGGAUUCGUUGCCUUCUCGGUACAUGGAAGACCAGGGCCGGAAUCUUCAUCCAAUAUACAGGGACCCGAUCUUGCGCAACCCCUCCCUGGCUACUGUUACUGCGUCUUCUAUUGAUGACAGUAAUGAAACUCUCAAGAGCGGCAGCGCGCAGAACCUUCAAGCUCUAAAGGGGCUAGCGUCGAACAAAACACAACACUUCCAGCAAGUGAUGGAUGAGUUUGUCAAACAGCAGACGGACUCGGGAAAGCCUGAUCUAUUCCGCCGAAUGAAGGACCAUUUCGGCAGGCAAGAAGCGGAAGAUCCUGCCCCCCGUGACCAAAGUUUCAACAUUCGAGGCACCCACUCCUGGGAUGAGGUCGUAAAGCAGAUCCAAGAAGCCAAGACUUCGUACGAAAGUAAGGCAGCAGGCAAAUCAGGAAUGGCGACCAAGGCAGGCCGCUUCAUCAGCGACCAUGCGAAGUACGUCGACCCCUGGGUCGCCCUCAUACCAAGCAGCGAUUAUUCUUCUGUCGUUAGUGGGGGCUUGAAGUUCGUUCUCGGAGCAGCCAAUGCCCAAGCGAAUAUCAGGACCAAGAUCAUAGGCGCUAUCGAACGCCUGCCAGAUGACUUGGAGACAACAAGAGAGUGUCUCGCCCGUUUCGACCAGGCAUUGAAUCAAUAUUAUUGGGAAGCAUUACAAAUGAAGGCACUAAACCUAUAUGUUGGCAUUCUCACUGCCAUCGAGGCUAUGCUGGCUUGGCUCGAUCAACAUGCGUUCAAAAAGAUGUUGAAGUCUCUUAUGUUACAAGACAACUAUGGACUAAAGGUUGCAGAGUAUGUUGAAAAUAUUAAGAAGUACUCUGUUGACCUUCGCCAAUUCGCAAGCGAAUGUGCCGAAUUUGCUGUGGUGCAGACUUUCAAGACAGCAAAAGAAAUCAAGCCCUUUGUGGAAGAAGCUUUUGUGAAUAGCGUUCGGAAUUUUGAGCAAGGGAGGAGGACUGAAGGGACUGUUCAAAGCAUGACGGCAGCUGUCGUGGCCCAUGGAAGCACCUUGGCUCUCCUGAGCGAUGAGAACAACGCACUUCGCUCCAUCGCGCUUGAAUCAGACUGGAAGCUGGCGAAUUUGGAGAGAGAGUUUGCGAAUUUCAGGGCAGUCCAAGGCGCAAUCUUGGAAGGACAACAACAAAUGAUGUUGCUCAGUCAGCAACAAGCUCAGCAAAUGUCAUCAUCACAGCAAGCAUUUCUCAGAUGGCCCCAACAAGCACCGCAGCAGACACAACUUACUCGGCAACAUCUUCAAGCCAGGCUUGAUGUCUCAAUUCAGCGCAUAGAAUGGUCACUAGAAAGCGUCAGGUCAAUUGGCAGAGUAGAAGGAAUCAGCGGCAGCGAUCUCGUGAAGAAAUUGACGCAAAUUCGGAAAUUUCGCGCGUGGAUGCAGUCAAACCAGUCACAGGUCUUGCUACUCCGGAUUUAUGAGCCUGGGAAACUGAUCACACCUCUUUCGAGUGUUUGCUCUUCAUUGCUUGCUAGCCUCAAAGACUUGGAGCCGACAGUCACUCUUCACUACUUUUGUGGUAUCCUCCGCAAGGAUAGCGAGCAGGGUCGCUUCCAUCUUUUGCGUAGUCUGAUCGUUCAGUUGCUUGAGAAAUUUCCAGCUGAGCAAGCAUUUGCCAUGGAUGUCGAUUAUGCUCGACAGUCUGAGUGGGGGUUUAACGUCUUGCGGCAGCUAUUCGAAACCGCUUUGCUGUCUAUGCCAGGCGCGGUGAUCUUCUGCGUGAUUGAUGGGUGUUCACGUUGCACGGACGAGGAUGAGCUGCAGGACACCAUGCAUUAUUUACUCUGGGUCUGCCAAGAACAAUCUCCCGUUGUGAAGCUGAAGCUUCUUCUGACGUCUCCUGUCCCUCAGCACAUAUCGCAGCGGAUACCAGGAGAGAUGGUGGUCUUUCUUCCUACCGUCACUAGGCAGGAAAGAUCCGGUUUGACCUAUGGCUUGCAGCCGACUACACCUGUGCGAAGGCAAUUCGAUAGAGCACAGUCAGGAAGUCCCCCAGCUGUAUUCUUUUGCAACGAGGACGAUCGCUAAAGCAUAGUAAAGUACCGGACGGUUUUUUGAGUCGAGGCUGAGAGUUCCUAGCAAGUGAACAUUACUACAAUACAUCUAGCCCUUCCUAGGCGCUAUUUUACAUAAAAUUCACCGAAACUGUUUCAAGCGUAAUCAAGUAGCUCGACUAACAUUUGAGUCAUCAGUUUGAUCUCCCCUCAGAAGCCCUGAGCAAGCGUAUUCAAUGUUCACAGCAGCUGGCACUGGACUCUUGCACAUUUUUCCCUAGUGGCAAACCCUCUUCUUAUGUCACGAGUUAUGGCACACAGCAAUGGGCAUACGGAGUGUGGUAAAGUGGCUUAACCUAUCAAAGUGGAAAUGGACAAAAGAGAAAGGUAUAUGUACAGGAUGUAAGUGAAAUACACGUGAUACAGCACGUGACA